UACAACCGCCUUGGUGUCACACCGGAAGUGACGUUAGGAAAGCCGCUGCUGAUGACGUAGCGAACGGUGUUCAAACACCGUGACUGUGCUCCGGCUACGAGAAUGGAGGCGCAAACACACAGGCCCGUUAAAGGCAUCCUAAAGAAUAAGGACUCCGCGGCCACCGGCGUUCGUGUGCUCAGCAAAGCGAAACUGAGCCGGGAUGACGAUGACGACCAGAGUAAGAAGUCACAGAAGUGGGAUGAGAUGAAUAUUCUUGCUACUUACCAUCCGUCUGAUAAGGACUAUGGCUUAAUGAAAAUAGAUGAACCAAGUACUCCCUACCACAGAAUGGUUGGCGAUGAUGAGGAUGAUGAAGGAGCCAUGAGUGAUUCAGAGUGCAAUGAAGCAUUAACAGCUGAUGUAUUGGCUCAAAAGUUAGAAGCCGCAGAAGGAAGAGAUCCUAAAUUCCUCACACAAGAAGAGAGUAGUGAAGAGGAGGACGAGGAACUGACACCUGAAGAGAGAGAAAAGAAAAGAGAGUUUGAAAUGAGAAGAAAGCACCAUUAUAAUGAGGCAAUGAAUAUCAAGCUGGCCAGACAGUUAAUAGCAAAAGAACUUGCAGGGGAAGAUUAUGAGGAUGAAGAAGAUGAAGAAAUGCAAGAUAUAACGGACACAGAAGCUCACCCUGACCAGCUGCAGAGUAAUGAACAAUUACUAUAGAGGAAACGUCAGUUUGUUGCACCGCUUGCUGAAGGUCUAUUUCUUGCCACCACACUGCACAAGUGCUGAUCCGCAGACCUAUGGACUAAAGGCAGAUGAAUGAUUUUCUGUUACCAAUGUUAUGUUGUGAGGGCCCUUAAUUCAUAAGCCAAUUCUUAGUAAUGAUUUACAAGCUUGCCUGGCACAUUCUGUUUCCUAGGCAGGCACAGAAGAAUACAAGUAUUGGUUUAUACUCGCAGCAAACUACAUGCCAUAUGUUAGUCAUUUAAUAGAGUCAUUUAUGGCUUUCUGCAUAUGGGUGCCUUGGUUAAAAGGUUUGGAACUGUUUUUUUCUUUCUUCCAUUAGAAAAUGAGACCGCACGGAGGCACAGAAUACAGUCUCCAUCUUUAUUGUAUUCAGACAUUAAAAAAAAUUUAUGGAUCUACUAAUGGUUGGAUGUUGACAACCAUAGAAUUGCUUAAAAAAAAAAAAAAUCCUGUCCGGAGAUUGUAUCAUACUGGUCUACAAAGUAAAAUAUUUGCGUCAGGAUGAGAAGUGCUAUAAUCAAUCCUUGUAGAAGUUGGAAUGUAUAAAGGCCAUCAGAUGGACUGCAGUAUAUAAUCUGUUAUGUCAUUGUAUUCAGUCUAAAGCUGUUGUAAUUUAUCCAUCAAACAUUUUUAUUUUGGCCUUUAGCUAGUCAGCUUCUGAAUAAAUGUACAAUCUGAGUUGAGUUGGACAGAACUAUACAAAAUGCACUGAUAAUUUUGUACAGUGUGUGUGUGUGUGUGUGUUUGGAAAGCUAUGAACGCCAUAUCCUAUAAUAUAGAUAUGAUUCGGAUAUAGUGCAAUGAAGAAGCCAUUCACCAAAAAUGAUGCUAGCGUUAAGUCAAAAUGUAGCUUAUGUGACUACAGUUAACCUCUUGGUAAUGUCUUCAAUGGGUAUUCCAGGAUUUCUUUCUUCAGGCUCUGAGCCCAUGAUGUCAAGUUACAAUGUUUCUAUUACCUCAGUGCGCCACUUUGUCACGUUUUCACAUACAGGAACUUCACCCAAAAGUGCUGUAGCGCAAGUCUUUGUAUUUUACUGUUGUCCCAGCAUUCCAUGCGGCCAAAGACAAUGUCCUAAUUUACAUGGUCUCUAGGGGCAUGGCCAUGUUGCAGUGAGUGGGCAAAUAGCAAGAUGGAAGGGAUUUACUGAAGUAAUACCGGGUGUGGUUCUCUAUCAAAUGAAAACAGGACAAAGUGACGCACACUGGUAAAUUGAAAAAAAAAAAAAAGCUUGAAAAGCUCUUAAAAAUGCUCCCGUUAAGUAAAUCUCUUUUAACAAUUUUAAAAGAUGGUAGCAACAACAGUCCUGGUAUAGCAUUUUCUUUUGAGAUAUAAACUUAAAUUUGCUGCCCCCACCCCAAAGCUAUCAUUUACAGUUUAUACCCAAACAGAAUACUGCCCUCUAGCCCCACUGUACAACGGUUACAUCUUAUGUAAGUGCUAAAGGCAAAUGUCUGUGGUUAUGUGACCUAGAGACAGCUCACUUUCCCAUGAGCUGGCUCACUUUCCCAUGAGCUGGCUCACUUUCCCAUGAGCUAGAAAUGCCCAGGUUAAAAGCACAUCUAAACAUUUUCGAUUUUGGCUUAAUUUUGCUAGCAAACACUUAUAGUGCGGGUGAUGCUGAUUACAGUGGACUAAACCCCUUUGUAAUCCAUCUGCCCGAAAAUGUAAAUAUGCAAAUGAGUUGGCUUGGUGCAUUCAGGGUGUUUUCUAGCCCCAAGUGAACAGGAUGUCUGCCCACAUCUUCCAGGUUAACAACCGCUUUAUGUUCCUGCCCAGUGAGAUUGUGAGUAGAGAGAUCUCACGUGCUGUUGGCUAACUGCGCAUGUGCUAUAAAGAUGGCUACGGCUGUAAAGCUACAUCCAGAGGUGGUGCAUGACCCAAUGUCACUGCAAGAGAGAUCUCAUGGGAGAGGAACAUGAAGAGGGUGUUAACCUGGAACAUGGGGAUUGACAGUCUUUGUGCACUCGGCGUUAGGGAACGCCCCAAGUACACCAAGCCUUCUCAUUUAAAUAAUCACGUUUUUGGACCUGCACUAUAAGCCUGUACCAAUAUAAAAACUUAUUACCUAUCCACAGUAUAGGUGAAAAGUAUCAGUGUGGGUUUUAAUGCCACUAGGACACCCACUGCUCAUGUUUUUAGCAGUAUGACCCCUACUGUACCUAUAACUCAUCAUGUAAAUGAAGCAGAUAUUGAGCAUGCGUGCUGCCAUUCUUUUAUUAUAGGAGUGCUAACAAUAGUCAAGCACUAUGCUCUCCAUACUAAUCUUUUGGAUAGGUGUUAAGUUUUAGUUUUGGGAUAACCCCAUUAACUAACUCAGUCUCAUAUCUAAUAUAAGAACAUCUUUUUCAGUACAUAUAAACACAACAGCUUAAACAAUCUCUGAAUUAUUUUCUGAAUAAACUGUUUACCUAUCAGGAUGAGUUCUUUACGCAUACAUAUUUAGUUACACAAUGCAUAAUUCACAUUAAGCAUUUUUCCACAUUGCUUUGUCUUUUAUACACAGUGUUUUAUGUAUAAAAUGGUCUUUUAUAGGUCUAUAACAACCAGUCAGCUCCAGCAAGUACUGGGACAAUUAUUUCUAGAAUGUUAGCUAAAAGCAUCACUGACUUUUCAUUUGUAUCAGCACAUAUUCACAAAAGGCCUACACAUUCUAGUUCAGUUGACUCUUAUUGCAAAUAUCCAGCUUAGGUAAGGAUGUGUAGUUAAAGAGGACCUAUCAUGAUCUAAACUCUGCCUUUCUUUUCAUACAAAACCCCCUCUUUCUACCUGAUUUAUUGUGCUCUUGGCUGCUCAUUCAGCCAUACUAGUGUGAGGGAGGAAAGGGGCGUGGCCCAGCUGUGAACACAGCAGCCGGCAGCUCUGAAUCUUCUGUUUACAACUGCAUGUGCAGAGAGAAGAAAGAUCAAAGCUCGGAUAGUAAAAUGAAUGAGGGCAUGCAGUAAGGCAGAGUCAGGAGUAUGCCCUGCUGUGCUAUAAGCACAGUGCUGGCUCCUGCAUGAUUGACAGGCAGGGAGCAGUGCUGAGCUUGUCUGUGUCCCGGCUGCAGUCUGAGAUUUAGAACUCCAGCAUGAGAAUGAAAUCUAUAAAAAGGGCUUGCGGCCAGGACUGGUAAGGAGACCCCUAGUGGUAAUUUUUUCAAAGUUGAAAAUUAAAUAGAUAGAAGCAUAUUUUUUUAAUAACAUGUAAUUGGAAAGUUAUUCUGCAUACAUUAAUCUAUAAUAUAUCAAAAGUUUGUUUGAUGAAAGGUACCCUUUAAGAACAUCUAACCUACUGAACCAUCCAGGGACUGGGUCCUGUGUAUUAUGUGUAUCAAUAAAUGAUCAGAAAGUG